AUGCGGAGGAUGGGGAAGAAGCAGGAGUUCAAGAGGAACUUCAGCCUCGUUUCCGCCAUAGCCUUUGUGUCCGUCUACAUGGCGACAUGGGAAUUCGUCCUGGUCUCGCUCAGUGUAGGCUUUUCCAACGGAGGGUAUGCUGGACUAUUCUGGUGUUUUAUCACGACAGUCCUCUGCUAUUCCACGAUUGUCGCGAGUCUGGCCGAGAUGGAGUCAAUGGCGCCUACUGCUGGUGGCCAAUAUCACUGGGUUAGCGAGUUUGCACCACCGCAGUAUCAGAGAAUCCUCUCCUAUGCUUCCGGAUGGAUGUCGACUUUGGGAUGGCUGGCCUCGGUUGCCAGCAGCACAUAUGUGGUAACCACUCAGAUCGAAGCCAUGAUCCAAGUGACCAACCCGGAGUAUGCUUUCGCACGAUGGCAGGCCACACUGAUCAUGAUUGCUUUCACCGUCAUAACGAUCUUCUUCAACACGUGGGGAGCACCCAUACUGCCUUCGCUGGAGACUGCAUGCUUGGUCGGACACAUCGCCGGCUUCUUCGUCGUCAUGAUUCUAUUAUGGGUAAUGUGUCCGAAGAACAGCGCCUACGACGUAUUUGUCCACUUCGAGAAUAACAGCGGCUGGUCGAACAUGGGAACAGCCUACCUCAUCUCUCAGGUCUAUGUCAUGUACUGCAAUCUGGGAUCGGACUCAGUCGUGCACAUCUCUGAAGAAGUCGAAGAUGCUGGGCUCGUCGUACCUAGGGCGAUGUGGUGGUCGUACCUGGGAAAUGUCUUCUUUGGCAUCAUCAUGCUGAUCACAAUGCUGUUCUGCCUGGGCCCACUUGACGGCGUGCUCAAUUCAGACAUACCCUAUCUUCUGCUAUUCAACAACACAGGCUCGCCGGCGCUGUCGGUUGUGCUUAACGUCAUCCUCUUCCUGCUGAUCUACGCAGGCAACAUCACAGCUCUGGCUACAUGCGCUCGAGAAGUCUUCGCAUUUGCCAGAGACAAGGGCUUACCCUUCGCGAAAACCAUCGGCCGCAUGGACCCGAAGUGGAAUAUCCCUUUCAACUCGGUCUACAUCACAUCAGUGGCUGUGGCCAUUCUCAGCUUGAUCAACAUUGGCUCUACCUUGGCCUUUAACAUCAUCGUCUCGCUGUCACUGCUUGGCCUCCUAAGCACCUACAUGAUCUCGAUCGGCUGCGUCCUCCUCAACCGCAUCAAAGGAGAGCCUCUGCCACCCGCUCGAUGGAGUCUUGGACGUUACGGGAUAGCGGUCAACGGAUUCGCCUUCCUCUACUCGGCAUUCAUCAUCGUCUUUUCCUGCUUUCCGACCAACUUGCCGGUGGAUCUCAGCACUGCGAAUUGGGCACCUCUGGUAUGGGUAGGGGUGAUCAUCAUCUCUGUGGUGUUUUUCGUUGCGUAUGGCAAGCGCCACUACACUGCGCCGGUGGAGUUUGUUGAGGGAAGAAAGGCAGCCGGUGUCGGAUUGCAGUCAAGCUGA